GAGGCAACUAAUGACCGCAUUGCCACAUUAAAUGCUAUUUCACGUCAUUACUUUUUAACGAUACGACGCGGCAAGCUGAGCGAACAAAGUUACACAACAACAGCAAAUACAUACUGCUGACACUUGGCAAACGCAAUACGAAGACGGACACCAGCGUAUUGCAGUGCUUUGGAAUGUUGCAGCAACGACAGCCGCUCACAAUAUUUGCCGUUUUUUGCGGCGGCUGCUGCUGUUGCUGCCAGUGACAAAAAAGGCGACGUGCAACCGACGCGAAAACUGCAGACACGAUUGCUUACACUCGAAAUUGUUUCAGUUUUUUCACCACCAGCGUUUCCUUGUGUGUGUACAACGUAUUGCUUGCAACAGCAGAGGCGACGCGGCGCGACGCCGGAAGGCAGCAAGCAGCGCGCACGAGUGUCGCUUUAUCAGCGUGAAUAAAUUUCGUAGGAAAUUUUUAUCAACGUGAUAGCAGCAAUAAAAGCGAAAUAGUGUGCUGCAGCAGAAGUGGCAACUGAAAAGUGUGGCAGGCAAAGAAAUCGAUUCGAUACUGCCAAAAAGCGAAGUGCCAUUGAGCUGAGUGUGCAGUGCGGCAAGGCGUUGAUAAAUACACAUGAAAAUAAAAAAUAUCACAAAGACAAAUUCCAGCGGCAGCUGUACAGUCAAAUAUGCAUGUGGAACUUUGUAAAUAAUAAGCAAAAACAAAAGAACAAACUGAAAGUAAAGUGAUAAAAAAUAUUUAAAAAAAAAUAAUAAUAAAAAAAUAAAGAAAAUAUACAAACAUAAAUAAAAAGUUAAACAUGUCUACAAGUAGCAAGUAAACUAAAGUGAAUAACAACAACAACAAAUAAGCAGCAAAUUGAAGACAUAUAAUACAACGAGUGCAACUGACCUGAGUGAUUGUGCUCCCCUACAAAUGCGCUAAUAAACGACGAUUUGUUUAACAUUUGUAGUCGACGAUAUUAGACUGUCUGUGUGUGCUCAGUGCAUGCUUAUUGACAAUCGUAGCGUAGACAGAACGGACGGCAGUCAGUCGAGUUGUCAGCCUGCGUUCGAUAGACACUUACAAGGCGUACGGCAGUGUCACACACGCAAUCGAACGAGGAGUCGCAAUUUCAGAGUCGAACACGCGCUUAGUCGGAGAGACCAGUUAGACAGACAGACAGACAGUCAGUCAGUCAGUCAGUCAGUCAGUCAGAUAAAGUGCAGACAAUCAAGCUUUUAUUGCAGCACAGACGUCACACUUACAGUUAGACAAGCGGGCAAUCUGACAGUCAGUCUGUCAGUCAGUUCGGUUUGUCACACAACGAAGGCGCAUUGGAAAGACGUUCCCAGCAUUGACAGCAGACAGCGCGCAACAAAAACAACAACGCCUAGCGCUCAGUAAAUUUGGAAACAAGUAAUAAAUUUCUAUAUAAACUGUCGAGACAACUGAGUGAAAGAUACCAAACGCAAGCGCGCGCAUCAAAACCGACGCAGCGGUAAAUUGACAGCUUUACGAGUAGGAGGCGCGCACAAAGCGAAGCAGUACACUUUGUUGCAAGUAGAUCAAGAGCGCAUACAAUUGUGUUGUUGUUUAUUUACAAAGCGCAGCGGCCAGCCUAUAAAGGGUUCGUGUAGUUCGAGUGUGUAAAAAUAAAAACCGCCGACUCCAUAGGAACGCGUAGCAAGCGACGCAACGGGUAAAGGCGCAAGCAUUUCGACGCACACUGCCACGCCCAUAUAUGCCAAUCCGCCGACUUUAAUAGCAACAUAACAGUAGGUUGGCCUCGGCAAUACGGCAAUACCACCCGCUGUUCCAGAGCGCGUACGCGAGUUGUUAGACGAGCGCGCCGUGUGGUGCGACGCCUUCCAGCGCAAGCAGUGCAGUGCAGCUUAGCUUGGAUCAAAUGUAAAUGAGCAGUGAAAAUAAUUAUAUUGGAAAAUAUGCAAAAUAUUUUUAGUAAAAACAAAUAGAAUUGUAUAACGCUUGGGCGCUGCAAACGAUGAUUUGCUCUCAAAAUUUUACUCAACAGCACAACAACAACAACAACAGCAAUACAUACAAAAGGCAGCUAAAAAAGCAUACAAGAAAUACGCUUGUGGACGCAGCGGAGCCAGCAGCAGCCAAAACUCAGCUACAACAACAACAACACAAGAGCGCGCUUGUUGUUGUCUCCACGCCAGAGCCACAUAAAUUCAAUGGAAAAUGAUGUGCCACGCCAGCAUCAGCAGCAGCAGCGCCAGCAAGAGCAACAACAACAACACGUGUAACAACAAAUACAUUUGUGGAAGCGCACACAGCAUUGGCAGCGACGCCGACUGCAACUGUAGUUGGCCAAGCGCAGCCAGCACGACGAUCAGCGCGCAUGGUGCGGCGUCGUCCGCAUUGGCGGCAAAGCAGCGCAGCAGCAGUAGCUAUAAGAAGUACCGCAGAGCGAAAGCGCUCAACAACGUGCAAAGCAGCAGCGAUUCGAGCUUUAGUUACAAUAGCAACAAACAUGACGCACAGCGUUUAGAGGACCAUUGCAGCAGCAGCUGCAGCAGUAAUUCAAUUACGUCAUUAACGCCCGCAUCCGCGCCCAUAACCGCGACAGCGUCCAAUUCAUGCAGUCCCACACUACACCGACGACGACGGCGACGCCACGAUGCUGCCUUUAUCGCUUACUGCAGUUCGGCGGCCUCAAGCUCGUGCGUUGCGGCGGCGUUGGGCGCCGGCUGGAACAUUUGUCGCGCCUUCAGCUUAUCGAUAUGCAUGCUGUUGUUGCUGCGAGCAGCGCCCAGCGUGCGUGGCAUUGCUGUCGGUGUGGAUACGGCCAAUGCCAACAUCACAGAUUUGGGUAGUCCCGGUGGGUAUUCGAUGACUAUUUAUAGUAUUUAAUUAUUACACUUAUCUUAUAGUAGUUCGUAAGUAUUUUAUAAGCCAAGAAAUCUUAAAAAAUUUGCUGCUGCUGCCAUCCUUGCAUUUUCGGGUUUCGACUAAAAGUAUAAGCCUUUUGGAUCUAUGCUCCAUAAUACUACCUCGCAGUAGAAAGCAUCGGAAAACCCAUAAUAUAUACAUAUGUAUAUGAAAUAUGCAUAUCAUAAAUGAUCAGCGUGACGAGCUCAGCUGAUUUGGCCAUUCUAGUCUGUCUACAAUCUGUCCCUUCGGUCUUCUGUGUACACGGAAACUAGUCCUACAGUUUUUGAGAUAUCGAUCUAAAAUUUUGCAUACGUUCUUUUCUCCCUAAGCUACUUAUUAGUCGGAACCGCCGUUAUCGGCACACUACAGCAUAUAGCUACCAUACAAACUGACCGAUCAAUGUUUAGUUCUUGUAUGGAAAAGUUUUUUAUUUGACAGGAUAUUUUCUCCAAAUUUGUUAUGAAGUUAUGUUCAAGACAUUGCUAACAUCUCCGAACAAAUUGUUCAGAUCCGGCUACUUUAUCUUGUAGCUGCCAUACAAUCUCAUCUAUCAAUUCGACACCUUGUAUGGCAAACUUUUUUAAUUGACAAGUUAUUUCCAUGAAAUUUGACAUAGAUGAUUAUCCAAAGCAAAGCAUAAAUCUCCGAAGAAAUUGUUCGGAUCGGAAUACUAUAGCGUGUAGCUGCCAUACAAACCUACCUAUCAAAAUCCAGAACUUGUAUGAAAACCUGUUUUAUUUGUCGAAAUAUCUUUAUCAAAUUUGACAUUUAUUGUUAUCCUACGCAAUGCUACAAUCAUAGAAAAGUUUGUUUAGAUCAUACCACUAUAGCAUAAAGCUGCCAUACAAACCCAUCUAUAAAAAUACAGACCUUAUAUGGAAAACUUUUUUAUU